AUGGAACCGAAUGCUGUCGGCUACAAUCCUGCUGAGUCAUCUCCUGUGCAUGACUCUCCCCCCAUCGACAGUGUCAACGAAAGUGACUACAGCUCGGGCAAAGAGGGUUACGGGAAGGCUAUGUUGCCCUACAGUUCCAUGUAUAUCUUCUCACCAACUAACCCGUUUCGCCGCUUUUGUCACUUUGUCGUGAAUCUUCGCUACUUCGACCUCUUCAUUAUGAUUGUGAUCGCUUCAAGUAGCAUCUCGCUGGCGGCUGAGGACCCCGUCAAUGAAAACAGCAAUCGAAAUAUUAUCUUGGAAUACUUUGAUCACGCAUUCACGUGUGUCUUUACCAUCGAAAUGAUCCUGAAGUUGCCAGUACCUUAUCAAAUGACAUUUUUUCUGCAGCUGGUUGAUCUGGGCGUGGUUAUGCAUCCACAUUCGUACUUUCGAGAUCUGUGGAACAUCGUGGACGCAGUCGUUGUACUGGCCGCACUAGUAGCUUUCUUCAGAGCACUGCUAAUGGGAUAUCAGCAAACAGCCAUCACUUCACUGUUGGAGACUCUAGGCAAACUCGGUGAAAUGUCAACAGUCGUAGACCUGCCUUCCGACGGCGAAUUUAAAAACGCUGUUUUCGAUUGCGUGGUCAGUUCAUUGAAAAAUGUCUUCAACAUUCUCAUCGUCUACCUCCUAUUUCAAUUCAUCUUUGGUGUGAUAGCCGUGCAGCUGUUUCAAGGGAAGUUCUUUUACUGCAAUGAUCUCUCCAAGGAGACUCCAUGCACCCAUGCCUACCAUCUAAUGGAUACCUCUACCGUUUUGGCCUGCAGGGGUUAUUUCAUCUCCUACGAGGACAAUGGACCGGCCGUCAAACCACGGAUAUGGAGUUCCCGCUCCUUCAACUAUGACAAUAUCAUCUUCGCAAUGCUUACCCUUUUCACAGUGACCACUGGCGAGGGUUGGCCAGACAUUAUGAAAAAUUCCAUUGAUGCCACGGAGGUGAAUAGGGGCCCCAGAACUGAUCACAGACAACAGAUGGCCAUCUUCUACGUCUUCUUCUUCAUUGUAUUUCCCUUCUUUUUCCUCAACAUCUUUGUGGCUUUGAUCAUCAUCACCUUCCAGGAGCAGGGCGAAAACGAGCUUGUUGACCAUGAACUUGAUAAGAACCAAAAACAGUGCAUUGAUUUCGCCAUCAAUGCCCGCCCUCUUUGUCGCUACAUGCCUGAGGACAUCAAGUCUUUUCAGUAUCGUGCCUGGCAGCUGGUAGUUUCUGGUCCCUUCGAGUACUUCAUCAUGACUAUGAUUGCUUUAAACACUCUUAUCCUCAUGAUGAAAUAUCACAAGCCCGAGAGGUCGAUGACCUUCCCCUUGGCCAUUGAUGCAAACACUCGCAGUUACGAGAGUUACUGUAGUGCCCUAAUGUACCUAAACACAGCCUUCACAUGCAUGUUUACCGUGGAGUGCCUGCUCAAGAUUAUGGCUUUUGGACCAAAGAACUACUUUCGAGAUCGGUGGAAUAUUUUUGAUUGCAUCACUGUCAUUGGCAGCGUCACCGAUGUCCUCGUUUCAGGUUUGCAGGACUCCUCCUUUCUCAACCUGGGCUUCCUGCGCCUCUUUCGAGCAGCUCGCUUGGUCAAAUUAUUACGACAAGGCUACACAAUACGGAUACUGCUCUGGACUUUUAUUCAAUCCAUCAAGGCCCUACCUUAUGUCUGUCUCCUGAUCGCCAUGCUGUUCUUUAUCUACGCUAUCAUCGGCAUGCAGGUACUUCCUUACAAUUCAGCGAACUAG